UGUGUGCCAGGCAGUGACUGCAGUGUGUGUCGCAUAUCUCUGCAGACAGCAGAACAGGACGGCAUAGCAAGAGUUGCACACGACAAAGCUGCAUUUGCAGGACAGAUUUCAGCAUUCGGAUACAUAAUCAGAAUUAGUAGCGUUUAGGCCUUCGUCUUACAGACAGAUUAGACACAAAGUCAUAACCUUGGCUGUUUUCUGAGGGCUUUGGUAGCGUGAGGAGGGGUCGUGUUCAGGUUCAGUUCAUUUGAACUUUUUUUGCGAAAGUAUUUAUCGUCCUGGUUGAGAGCAGAUAGAGUGGAUGGGUCGUGGACAGAAGCAGAGGUUUCAUACGUCCUCUGAGCUCUAUGGAUCCUCAUGUCAUCUUUAGCCCAAUGAAAAGCUUCUGCAUGUGUUACGGCGUGAUUACGAGUCAGGACUGGAGUAAGACGGAUGACAGGUUGUUGCAGGCUGUAGAGCAGAAUGACCCAGAAAAAGUUGCCACGCUGCUGGUGAAGAAAGGUCUCAGCCCGUCCAAACUGGACUCGGAGGGCAAAUCAGCGUUCCAUCUUUGUGCGUCUCGAGGACGGUUGGACUGUCUGGAGGUCAUCCUCUCUCAUGGGGUGGACAUCAGUGUAACAGACGGCUCUGGGUUUAAUGCUCUCCAUCUUGCUGCUAGGAAUGGACAGUCAGAUUGUCUAAAGAGGCUUCUUCAGGAGAGGAUGCCCGUUGAAGCCACAGACAGUUUCGGGAGGACAUCCUUACACCAUGCUGCUGUAAGUGGCUGCUUGUCCUGCACUGAGAUACUGUGGGACUUUAAAGCCAACCUUGAUGUUCAAGAUGGAGAUGGGUCAACUCCAUUGAUUCUAGCUGCCCAGAUGAGCAGAGUCGAACUUUGUGCCUUCCUUUUGGAACGAGGAGCCAAUCCUAAUAUACAGGACAGCCAGGGCAGAUCAGCAUUGAUGUUGGCCUGUGAGAGUGACAGCAUGGAGACUGUGGAGGUGUUAUUGAAAGGCGGAGCUAACCCACAUCUUACCGAUGCCCUGGGCCACAACUCCGCCCACUACAGCAUUACCGCCGGCAACAACAAGAUUACCCAGCUUCUGCAGAACAUAGGCGUUUCUGCAGCCGCUGAGGGUUCAAGUGAGGAGCAGGCUCCUCCUCCUCCCAAUCCCCCAUCUAGUGGAACCACACCCCGCAAAAGGAAAGCCCCUCCUCCUCCAAAAUCUCCUGCUCAGGCCCCGCCCCCUUCCUCAGACGCCUCAAGCACGCCUGUCCCCGCACAAUCACCUGACUCACAGAGCCCCGCCCUGCCUUCUCCUGCCCCCAGGACCCAACUUCCCCCAUCUGAGAACCUUGUGGAGGACGAGGAAGUCUUUGAAGAGAUCCGUAAGCUCAGGCUGGAGAGAGGUCGCCUGCUGCAGAAAAUCAAGGUUCUGGAGCAGCAGAAGAGCAGCGCCACCACAGCCCUGGAGGAGCUAAGCUCUCUGAGACAGCGUCUGAGCGAGGUUGAGGCCGAGCGUGACCGACUGCUGGCCGAGCUGGAGGAGCUGAGAGCGGCUCAGGUGAGCGGUGUGACCUGUGACUCUGAAGACACGGAGGAAUCAGAUGACAUGUUGGACUUCCCAGGAGCAGAGAAGUUACUUUCUAAGCAGUCACGAGGCCUGGAUGCUGAUUCUCCGGCUGAGGGCGCAUCUCAAGAGAAUCCUGCCAUUGUAGAGCAGCUUCGCAGAAAAGUGGAGGAGCUGACCAACCAGAAUGCCGACCUGGUUCUCAAAGUGCAGAUGCUGGAAAUGUUUGAGAAGGAUGACACGGAUAUGCAGGGCUCGGGCCCAGAUUUUGUUCCCGCUGCGCAGUAUGAAUCUUUAAGGAGAGAGUUUGAGGAACUACAGGAGAAAUACUCAAGAGCCCAGGCUUCAACUGAAGCCUCAAGCGUCGCAGAGGAUCCUGGAUCUGAGGAGAAAGAGGAGAAAGAUCAAAAAGCUCUUGAGGAACAGCUGGCCCAAGCCCAGGCCGAGUUAGAGGAACUCAAAGAACAGAUGCGUCUGGGGGUCUAUUCAGUGGAGGAAUCAGGAGUGAAGCCUGAAGGGGGCUCCAAGUUCCCUGAGGAAGGGGCAAAUCUGGAGCACCAGCAGGAGCUGGAGGCAGAGCUAGCUAGCAAAAAGACAGAUGGGGAGGGGCUUAGUGAAGGUGACAAUGACACCAUCCAACAGCUGAAACAGAGGGUGAUUGAACUUGAGGCAGCUCUGCAGGAUAAAGAGAACGGAGAAGAGAGAGAGGAGGAGAACAAGACAGUUGUGAGUCUUAAAAAGCGGGUGGAAGAGCUGGAAAAAGCCCUGGAGCAACGCAAGACAGCAGGGCACAAGGAGGACGAGGGAGCGCCAGUGAACAGGUUGCAGGCACGGGUGGAAGAACUUGAGCAGCUGUUGAAGGAGAGCGUCCCUCGAGGUCAGUUUGAGGAGGUUCAGGUCACUUUGGGUCUUCAGCUUAACCAGCUAGCUCAAGAACGAGCCGAAGUGGCUACCCGACUCAACCAAGCCUUACUGGAGCUGGAAAGGCUCCGCCCUCCAUCCCACAUUGGUGAAGAUGAAGACGACGAGGACCCUUCCGAGAGCUCGGAGGUUUCCAUUGCAUCUGAGCACUCCCUGCACCUGUCGCCAGGCGGACGGACCUUAGAGGCGAUACAAGAGGAGCUGGAAGUGGCAAGGCAAGAGGCAGCACAAGCUCUGGACAGCCUUUGUGCCGAGAGAGAAAGCCGAGCUCAGGAUGAACUUCAGCUGAGAGAUGCAGUACCGCUGGUGAAACACCAGGAGGUGCUCUCCGCAAUAGCCCAGCAGUUAGCGCAAACAGAAAAAGAGCUCCAAGCAGAGCGGGCACUGCGUGAGCAAGCUCAAACUGAGGUCGCCAGACUGGAAUCCGAGCUGCAGGCUGUGCAAAAAGACUCAGUUAGCAAGGAAGAACAUGAUAAAGUCAAAGCAGAGCUUGAGCGCUUUCUGGAAGAGAGUCGGCAGAGUGCAAGAGCGGCUCAGGAGUCUCUGAGUGAAAAAGAGACGGAACUGAAAGAGCUGCGAUCGCAGAAAGCUUUAGAGCAAGGACUGGUGUCCAAAGAAGACCAUGAGGCCCAGAGACUCUCGCUUCAGGCCGAGAUCAAUACUCUGACGGCACAAUUAGCCGAUCUAGCACGCAAGCACGAGAAGACCUGCACUGAGGUUUUCCAGGUGCAGAGGGAGGCUUUAUUUAAUAAGAGCGAGCGUCAGGUGGCUGAAUCCCAGCUGGAGGCAGUUAAAAAGCAGCUGGCGGAUCUUCAGGCCGAGUCCACCCACAUCCAACAGCUGCACCAGGACAUCCAAGACUCGCAGGGGCUCGUCAAGGAGAAAGACCGCAAGAUCACAGAGUUGUCUAAGGAAGUUUUUCGUCUGAAGGAGGCUCUGGGGGCUUUGACUCCUCCACUGGCACGUUCUCCAUCGCCACCGUCCUCAGGGAUACCUGGACAACAGUUAGCACUGCAGAACCGUGUAACCGUAUUAACACAGCAACUCCAGGACUGCGAGCGCAAACACAAGACUGUGGUUUCAGUAUAUCGCUCUCAUCUAUUAGCUGCUGUACAGGGCCGGAUGGAUGAAGAAGUUCAGGCACUUUUGCUUCAAAUCCUCCGUAUGACACAGAAAGGUCAAAAUUAGUGCUUUGCACCUGACAGCAAUACAAAGAGAUCAAGUGACUGCUUUAAGUACACUUGAACCGAAGUAUAUCACCACUGUGUACCGCCAACAAGAGGCACUGAAGCUGUGGAUGAGAAGAUGAUUGUAUUUCCUGUGUAUGAUGAUUUAUGAGGGACAACACAAACACUUUUGUACCACAUUUCAAUAAACGGAGAAAUGCUGCUG